CGGCCCCCCUCACCGCCCGGCAGCCGGUUCUCAGCCAGAAGGCUUUAGAACAAUGAGAAGGUCGCGUCCGUCACGGAGGGAUGUCAGCGCUGCCUUCCUGGGACUGGAGGACUGAAAAGGAGAAAGGACCAGGAUUAUUUGAUACAGGCUGCUUUUGACUACUGACACAAUCUGCUGUGCCCUGGUGGUGGUGGAAGAACAAGAGAGUCUCUCCUGCUUAGUUCUGUGGUAUCGUCACAGUGAGGUCACCAUGAAUGUGACAAGUUUGUUCUCCUUCACCAGCCCAGCAGUGAAGAGGCUGUUGGGAUGGACAGGGGAUGAAGAAGAAAAGUGGGCAGAGAAAGCUGUUGAUGCAUUAGUGAAAAAAUUGAAGAAGAAAAAAGGUGCUAUGGAGGAGUUGGAAAAAGCGUUAAGCUGUCCUGGUCAGCCCAGCAACUGUGUCACAAUUCCUCGUUCCUUGGACGGCAGGCUUCAGGUUUCGCACCGGAAAGGGCUACCGCAUGUAAUUUACUGUAGAGUGUGGCGCUGGCCGGACCUGCAGAGCCAUCACGAACUGAAACCACUGGAAUGCUGUGAGUUUCCCUUUGGUUCAAAACAGAAGGAGGUUUGCAUCAAUCCCUACCACUACAAGCGGGUAGAGAGUCCCGUCCUUCCUCCGGUGCUGGUUCCAAGGCACAGCGAGUACAACCCUCAGCACAGCCUCUUGGCCCAGUUCCGCAACCUGGGACAAAACGAGCCCCACAUGCCGCACAACGCUACUUUCCCAGACUCUUUUCAGCAACCCAAUAGUCACCCGUUCCCCCACUCGCCCAACAGCAGCUAUCCAAACUCGCCUGGAAGCAGCAGUAGCACCUACCCGCAUUCUCCAGCCAGCUCAGACCCGGGAAGUCCUUUCCAGAUGCCAGCUGAUACUCCCCCUCCUGCUUACCUGCCUCCAGAAGAUCAGAUGACACACGAUACCUCCCAGCCAAUGGAUACCAACAUGAUGGCACCUGCAAUUCCCCCUGACAUACACAGAGGAGAUGUUCAAGCAGUUGCUUACGAAGAGCCAAAGCAUUGGUGCUCCAUUGUCUACUAUGAGCUGAAUAAUCGCGUUGGGGAGGCGUUCCACGCUUCUUCCACCAGUGUCCUGGUGGAUGGCUUCACUGAUCCUUCAAACAACAAGAACAGAUUUUGCCUGGGGCUGCUCUCUAACGUUAACCGCAACUCCACCAUUGAGAACACUAGGCGGCAUAUUGGCAAAGGUGUUCAUCUCUAUUACGUUGGUGGGGAAGUGUAUGCUGAAUGUCUUAGUGACAGCAGUAUUUUUGUGCAAAGUCGGAACUGCAACUACCAUCAUGGGUUCCAUCCCACCACAGUCUGCAAAAUCCCCAGUGGCUGCAGUUUGAAGAUUUUCAAUAAUCAAGAGUUUGCUCAGCUUUUGGCUCAGUCAGUGAACCAUGGCUUUGAGACAGUGUAUGAGCUUACUAAGAUGUGCACUCUCCGUAUGAGUUUUGUAAAGGGUUGGGGAGCUGAAUAUCAUCGCCAAGAUGUAACAAGCACUCCAUGCUGGAUAGAGAUACAUCUUCAUGGUCCCCUUCAGUGGCUGGAUAAAGUACUUACUCAGAUGGGCUCUCCUCAUAAUCCUAUUUCUUCAGUGUCUUAAAAGAACAAUUGCGCAGCUGCUUAAUUUUUACCCGUGAAGAGGACAAAAUGAUUAAUUCCUGCAGUCUGAAGGCUGCAGCUCUAUGUAUUUCAAGACAAAAUUGUACAGAGUGCUCUUUAACUAUUGAGCAGUUUUAUACAGUUUAUGUAACAGAAGUAGGCUUUUAAUUUUGUAAGAGAAUCUUGUUUUGCCAAACCUAGUAACUGUUAAUUGUUUGGAGGACUUCAAAAUCCCUGUGUGGGUCUAUUUCAAACUUUUAAAAAAUAUAUAUUUUUAAUUUUUAUUUUUUUUUACUGCUUGGUUUAUUUUCUUCUCUUUGAUCUUUUAUAUUCACGUAAGCUGUAGUACUUUAAGUACCUUUAUUCCAAAACUAGUGGGUCCUCUUUACUGGAAAUUUUGAAUAAAACCUGUUGUUACUGCUUA